UUCCUUAUCUAUGUAACACCUCUACUUUGCCGAAGAUACGUCUAACCGUCUACUUCCAAUUCUCAUAUUUGUCAAUCGUAUGGGCUAAAUUAACCACAUCUCAUAGCAGUCAUUGCUAGCUUGCCAUAGCUAAGUCUGGAGUCUGCUUUAGUGUCAGCAUCUACUUGCUAGCGGAUAGAAGCUAUGUGCUUUCACAAUAAUGUUAAGAGUUCGGCUACGGUAGUAGACUGUUAAAAGUUUACAGAAACAGCUUGUUUUGAAGCCUGUGUUAGUAGGCUACGUUGUCUGUCCACAUAGGAGCAGCUUGUUCAAGUAGCAUAGAAGUCCUGUCAGGCCUAGUCAUCAGAUGUUCGGCUACGAAAUAAAGUGGGCAGUUCAGAGAUUGGCAGUUUCCGUCAUUAGAAAGGUGACAUAUGGUGCCAUCGGCAUUUUAGUAGUUAGGUAGCUUUGUCUUCGUUUUACCGUGUUCGUUGACUAUUUUAGUUAUAUCACGUAAUUUGUUCCAACCAUUAAGCCAGCUGAUUCUUAUCAGCUGAACUCUUCAGCCAGGUAGAUGAGCUACUUUGUGAAAUCACCUGUUUUAGUUGCACAGGUAGAACCAGUGUAUGACCUAGGACUUCUACCUUCUCCAGCCGAGUUUCACAUCCUGGUCCUGGAAAUGUGAACUUCUAAUAGCUCACGAUAGGCGGGCAUAUAUUCUAUCAACAGUUUCAUAUUCUCUGUUUUCACCUUGAUAUACACAAGUCCAAAUGAAUAAAUCAAAUGUAUAUUGAAUGGAUUUCGAGAAAAUGACUUGAUUUCCCUAUGCAGACGCACAGAUCAGCCACAUUAUGAGCAUUGAUAUGUGAAGUGAAAAACACUGAUUAGCCUAUGUUGUUAUUAAGGCUGCCACUGAAUGGGAUGUAGCCUAGGCAGUAAGAACAUUGUGUCCUCAAAGUUUAUGUGUUAGAAAUAGGAAAAAUGGGUAAGCAUAAGGAUUUGACUGACUUCGUCCAGGGCCAAAUUGUGAUAGAUGACUGGGUCAGCCCAUCUCCAAAACUUCAGCUUUUGUGGGGCGUUCCCAGUCUGUAGUGGUCAGAACUUAUCAAAAGUGGUCCAAAGAAGGAAAAGUGGUGAACUAACAGUGGGGUCAUGGGUGACCAAGGCUCAUUGAUGCACAUGUGGACUGGUCCGUAUGGUCUGAUCCACCCUGCCUGCAAUUCACCGCCACACAAUAUUUGGUAGGUGUGACAGGCAAGAGCUGUAAUUGGUAGAACUAGGCAACCUGUCCAUUGCUGACAUGCUGCCGUUCAUCGGGAUGUCUGUGUUGUAUCUCUCAGUCUGUCGUUGGUCAUGUCAGAGAAAAGCAGAUCUCAUCGGGACAGCCAAGCACCGGCAGGAUUUGAGUGACACAACACGGAUGAUUGGCAGCAUGUCAGUAAUGGACAGGUAGUUCUUGCAGCUCUGCCUUGAAGGAAAUGGUACUGUAUACUCCUCCGUCACAUUUGUGCGCGUUGAAGACGUGCGUCAUUUCUGACGCGUACACGAAGCAUACUCCAAUAUCUGUUGUCCUGAAUGCGUGCUAGAUGAUUAAAGUUAGCGCCUGCGCACUACAAAUUAACUGUGAUACUCUGCCCCACCAACUGGGGGGCAGUACGUCGAGCCUGAAAGUAGGACACUCCCACCAGACCUUAGUUGCAGCAGGUCACUCGGAAGUUCACAUCUCCAGGACUGGCUGGAAGUCAACGAAUACGGGUAUAGCAUAGACUAAAAUCAUCAUGGAUGAUCCAUGGAUGGAGUGUAUGGACCACUGCAUUGCUGUGACUAAAGAGGCGGGGAAGGUGAUCCGUGAGGCGUUGCUAAAGGACAUCUCCGUCAUGCAGAAGAGUUCUCCUGUCGAUCUUGUCACAGAGACAGACCAGAAGGUGGAAACCCUGAUAAUAUCUUCUAUUAAAAAGAAGUACCCGAACCACAGCUUCAUAGGGGAGGAGUCUGUUGCUGCAGGGGCUCCCAGUAUUCUAACAGACAAUCCUACUUGGAUCAUUGACCCCAUCGAUGGAACAACCAACUUUGUUCACAGGUUUCCUUUUGUCUCUGUAUCAGUUGGUUUCACAGUGAACAAAGAGAUAGAAUUUGGAGUGGUCUACAGCUGUGUUGAGGAGAAGAUGUACACAGCUCGCAAAGGAAAAGGAGCAUUCUGCAACGGAGUCCCCAUCAAAGUGUCUGGCCAAGAAGAUAUCACAAAGUCCCUGGUGCUAACAGAAAUGGGCUUUAAACCAGAUGCACAGAACUUUAGAGCAAUGAUGACCAACAUGGAGUCUAUCCUCACAAUCCCUGUGCAUGGGAUUCGGGCCCCAGGCAGUGCUGCUGUGAAUAUGUGCUUGGUGGCGUGUGGAGCAGCUGAUGCGUACUAUCACAUUGGCAUCCACUGCUGGGACAUGGCAGGGGGUGCAGCUAUUAUCAGGGAGGCAGGGGGAGUAAUCAUGGAUAUCACAGGAGGACCGUUUGACCUGAUGUCACGGAGGUUAAUCACAGCCAGCAGUAAGGCCAUAGCAGAGCACAUCGCUCAGAAAAUACAGCCAUUCCCAUGUGGAAGAGAUGACACCGAAAACUAGUCCAUCCACCUCUAACCCCCCCAACCACACACACACACACACACAUUACACACACAGUUGGUCUAAUUUGAAUGAUGGGCAAAGUUCAAAGUCUGUUUAACCAGCUAAUUUAAGAACUAGGCUAAAUUAAAAUGGACUAGGACCAUAACAGCAAAUAUUGCACUCAAUCAGCUGAAUGCCCCCACAUGCCACGCCAUAGUUAUAGCUAAUGCUUGAGAGCUUGGCUUGUUGAUAGACUUUGCCCACUGUUUAAAUUAGGGCCCAGUAUGUUGAAGUGCAAAUAAGUAUGAAUUUUCCUUGAUAAAGCCAUGUUUUUGCUAGCCUUAACUGCAUUUCCAUUGCCUGAAGUGAACUAGCAGAUAAUAUGACUAAGGCUGUUUUUGUCUGUAUUCCAAACACAGUUGUAGGACUGUCUUGUUUCUGAGUAUAUUGACCUCAAGAUAUGUUAGAACAAGUGGGAGACCUAAUCCAAGUGAAUUUAGCGCAGUUUAGUUAAAUUCUAUUUUACAUGUUCUUAUGUGCAGGCUAAGAUAUUCUUAGAUUUUUACCUUCAGAUGUUCCGACUGCUAACGUUUUGCAGUCUUUAUCAAAAAUGCCACGUGAGCGGGAAUUUCCUGUAGAUCAUCUGUUUUUUUAUUUAUUGUACUGUAUCAAAAAUCACACUCCGAGUUUAUACCUCAUGAUUCUAGUUUGUAUAAAUGUGAUUAUGAUGCACUUUGUUUUGCACUCUUACAGUAUCAUGAUGAAGUAAGCCUUGUUUUAACUUAGUAAUGUUUAAUGUUGGUAUCUCCCAUAGGGAUGUUUUCAUUACUGCUUACCAUGUCCUAUGUGACACACUGUGAACAGGCUGUGUCAUGUUGCCAAAGUUAUAAUAAAGCCCCUUAAAGUUG